AUGACCACCACAGCGGUUCCUCUAAAGGCCUUAAUGGCCGGCUCAGCGCCCGCGAGGCUGUUUCAGCAAUCGUGUCUGAGAACAUCGGUGCGCCCCUCGAUGAUAGUAUCGAUCGGCCUCCGAACCGCCUCCACAUCACCACUGCAUUGCUAUGGCAAACCAAACACCCCCAGGCACUUUUCAACCACUACACCCCGCAAACUGCAGGAAUACUUCCCUCCACCAAAAACGAAGCAUGUUGUCGAGACUGAAUCCCACUUUGAACACCCUGUAUUCACCGAGAAGGAAAUGAGAGAUAUCGUCGUUGCCCAUCGUGAAAAGAAGGAUUGGUCGGACUGGCUCGCCUUGGGUACCGUCCGCGCCCUGCGAUGGGGUAUGGAUCUCGCGACUGGCUAUAAGCAUGCGCCUACAGGCAAGGAACAGAAGCAAGUCAGGCCAUUCACCAUGGACGAGCGGAAAUGGAUCAUCCGAUUCAUCUUCCUCGAGACUGUUGCUGCGGUUCCGGGUAUGGUUGGCGGUAUGCUUCGCCACAUGCGCAGCUUACGGCGCAUGAAGAGAGAUCUUGGAUGGAUCGAAACCCUUCUCGAAGAAGCCUACAACGAGCGCAUGCAUCUUCUCUCCUUCCUAAAACUCGCCGAGCCCGGCUGGUUCAUGCGCCUCAUGGUCCUCGGCGCCCAAGGCGUCUUCUUCAACGCUUUCUUCAUCUCCUACCUCUUCUCUCCCAGGACCUGCCAUCGCUUCGUCGGAUAUCUCGAAGAGGAGGCCGUUCUAACAUAUACCCAUGCCAUUAACGAUCUUGAAGCCGGCAGACUCCCCAGAUGGAAAGAUAUGAAUGCUCCCGAUAUCGCAGUUACGUAUUGGAAGAUGCCAGAGGGCCAUCGGAAGAUCGUUGAUUUGCUGUAUUACAUUCGUGCGGAUGAGGCAAAGCAUAGAGAGGUCAAUCACACUUUAGCCAAUCUCAACCAGACCGCAGAUCCUAACCCGUAUGCCGCGAAGUACGACAAUCCAGAAGAGCCACAUCCUACCAAGUCUGCUUCCAUUAUGAAGCCUACGGGCUGGGAAAGAAAGGACGUUCUGUAA